GGCGAGCAAGUAGUAGAGAGACGAAAACAGCCGAAGUCGCUCAAUUGUACACACUACUUCUGGAUGUUGAGACAAGCUACUGAUUUAAAUUAAAUACACCUGCGCUACAGUUAGGAUUAUAGUACAUCGGUGAUCGCGAGUGAUCUGUUUUGUUAUAAUUUUCGAAAAAAAAUAUUACAAAGGAUCUAAGGAAUUUUUGAGGAUAUAUUUAUCAAACGAGAUACGUGUAUCAUUGCGUUUGAAAAAGGCUGUAUUGUGAAGUAAAUCGUAGUGUACCGACAAAUUGUGUUAUAUGGAUUUGCUUAUUCAAGUGUCUUUUUUCUUUGAAAAUCCCGAGGAAUUGCGGUCAUACUGUGAACAAUAUUACGUGUUUUUACAACGUGAAUAGUAAAAUGCUUAAUUUGACAUAAUUAUGUGAAUUUGAAAAAUGUGAUUUUAAUUAUUUUAUAUUAAAGUUUAAAAGAGUGAUUUUAGGUUUUUAAAGUUUAACCCUUUAAUUAUUUCGUUGAAAAAAGACGGGAAAAUACUUCGCUAAAAUGGGCGGUCUUGCCCGACGGACGGUUUGGAUAUACAUGUGUGUUGGUGUGCUCACUUUAGGGCUCGUGGAUUUAGUACGAGCAGGGUCGUGCCCUCGUGAAUGCUCGUGCACGAAAAGCAGAAUGGACUGCUCAUUUAAGAAGCUUCGACAUGUACCAUAUCCCAUACCAACUAGCAUUAGAAAAUUGGAUUUGCAAGGGAACGAAAUCUCAACAAUAAAAUCAACAGACUUUAAGGGCCUUACUCGGUUACGGAGCCUGAACAUCAUGAAAAAUCAAAUUCAAACCAUAGAAAAGGGCGCCUUUGACGACCUUAGUGCAAUGAAAAGAUUGUGAGUACCGAUAUCUAAAUAUUUGACUUCUUUUAAGUUUCGGAAAACAUACCAAGACCUCCA